UUGGCAGAGCUGACUGUCCUUUAUCUUAGCAUGCCUUUUUUAAAAAUUUCAGAGAGAAAUCUUUUGAAUGUUGAAUAAGUUUGCAGCAUUCUUGAAAGUUGCUUCAUAGAAUGACUUCCUCUCAGGUUGUACAAGAAGUUCCCAUGCGAAGGAUUGCUAUCUUUGGAGGCACCCACGGCAAUGAGUUAUCAGGGGUAUUUCUGGUGAAGCGCUGGCAGGAAGACGGGACUGAGAUUCAAAGACCGGGGUUGGAGGUGAAGCCUUUUAUGGCCAAUCCGAGAGCUGUAGAGAAAUGUUGCCGGUAUAUUGACUGUGACUUGAACCGAGUUUUUGAUGCUGACCAUCUUGGGAUGAAAGUUACAGAUGAUACUCCAUAUGAAGUGAAAAGGGCUCAAGAAAUAAAUUGCAUGUUUGGUCCAAAAGGUGGCCACAAAGAAGCCUAUGACCUUAUCUUUGAUCUUCACAACACAACAGCGAAUAUGGGCAGUACUCUUAUUCUGGAAACCACCACGAAUGAUUUUACCAUUCAGCUGUGUAAUUAUAUUAAGGAUUCUUUGGCUCCAGAAACCUGCUCCGUUUUCCUGAUUGAGCAUCCUAACCUGAAAUAUGCAACGACCCGGUCUAUAGCAAAAUACCCUGUUGGUGUGGAAGUUGGUCCUCAGCCCCAAGGAGUUCUUAGAGCAGAUAUUUUGGACAAAAUGAGGAAGAUCGUCAAACAUGGCCUUGACUUCCUCCACAUUUUCAAUACAGGGAAAGAAUUUCCACCAUGCACAAUUGAGGUUUACAAAAUAACGGAAAAAGUAGAUUAUCCCAGAAACAAAAACAAUGAGAUUAUUGCUGUUGUUCACCCUAACCUGCAGGAUCAAGACUGGCAGCCUCUCAGUCCCGGCGAUCCAAUGUUUUUAACUUUUGAAGGAAAGACAAUCCCAUAUGAAGGAGAUUCCGUAAUAUAUCCAACCUUUGUGAAUGAGGCCGCUUAUUAUGAAAAGAACCAAGCUUUCAUAAAAACUGUAAAGCAAAAAUUAAGUGCCAAAGGCGUAAGAGCCUGUCUCUCCUAGAAAUAGAAAUAAUGACUCUCUUACUUGUGAUGUCCAGUUAGUUAUGGAGACCAAGACAACACAAUGCAGAUGUUUCUGGCCUUUGUAACUCAAGAUGGCCAGGAUAUAUACGGUAGGCUGUAACUCGGCUUGGGAAUUUAUCUAAUCUUAUGUACUAAGGAAAUAUUCUCAAGCACAUUGAAGGAAAUGUACACUACCAAAAUCAUACAUGUUUAUAUGAAUCUCCUAUUUUAGUGGAGUUUUUUAUGCACUAAAAAGAUUUUGAUAUUAACAUUUUUAAUAAUAAGGCAAUAUGUUUACUACUUAAUGUAUUCCAGUGCUUUUUUGUAUAAUUUUUUUUUUGCCGAUACAUUUAUAUAACGUUGCAGCGAUUUCUUCCAAUUCCCCCCAGGGGGGAGCCCCCAGCCGAGGUUCCAGGACUGGUUACAAAAAAACCCAGAUAGGAUUCUAUACCUAUUUUCGGAGCCAUGAGACACUAUUCAUGUCUAUUAUUGAAAAGAAGAAAGAUGCGCAACAGAUAAACUCAGCCUAUAAAUGUUUUAUUUUAUGGCCUUUUAUACCAUCUUCUUUCAGAUAAGUUCUCCUAGAGGGGGGAAAUUUUACCAUUUAUUUCUGCAGCCAUUAACAGCACAGCCUCCAUAUCAGAACCAGGCUAGUUAAUGGCUAUCCUAAUAUUAUCGAACAGGAAAUCUGCAGAGAAGGAGUUAUGGCUUCAAGAUAGAUUACUCCAUAAGCCAUAUUGGGUUGUUUAAGCAAUAGUCUGAGUUGCAUUUUAAUGCCAUAAUUUAAAUACUUCUAGAAUUGGGGUGAUCAGACUACCAAAUGGGGUAAGGGAGUGGAUAGCCUAAACGAGAAGGAUAUCUUUCACAAAUUAUUGUUAAAAGAAAUAGAGAAGAGUUCAGCAGCACCUUUAAGACUAACCAACUU